AUGUCAUAUCACGGGUCUUGGAUCUUUUCUGUUGCUAUAUUGGCGGAUGUACACCUGCGAAGUGUCCGUGCUGACUGCUACUCUGGAGAUCGCGUUUUGGCAAGCGAAUCUCCAUCAUAUCAUAACCUCGAACCCUUCUCCUGCGGUGAAGGUACAAACAACUGCUGUGUUUCCGGUGAAAGAUGGACUUCGAACGGGUGGAUAGAGAUGAAAUAUUGCGGGGACAAUAUAUAUUGCGACGGUUCGUUGAGUACCUGCUGCGAUACUGGCUCAACAUACUUCGUCGAUCCCAUGACAGGAGAGGUUAAGGAUGCCAGCGAGGCCGACUCAGUUGCUUCCGCAAUCUGGUGGGAUUUGACGAAUACGAGUUCACCUGCUACGUCUUCUACUAUGUAUCCGGAGUCCACAAGCUCUAUCACCACUUCUUCUGCGUCUGAGACUAGUACCACAUCUACGAGCUCGGACUCAACGCCACCAUCAUUAUCUCUGAUCCCGCAUCCAGCACCACCUCCAUCUACUCGCCUGUCUCCUGGCGCCACCGCAGGAAUCGGCGUGGGAUGCGGAGUCGCAGUCAUUUCAGUAGGUAUCCUUGCGUGGCUGCUUAUCCGUCGGCGAAAGAAGUCCAAGUCGCAGAACGUGGUAGGGUAUAGUGCCUAUGUGCCACCCGAGCACCAGGUGAGCCCGGUGACAGUUGAAAAGUAUCCCCAGAUGAGUUAUGUGCAGCCAUAUAGGGAACAUGAGGUAACGCACGAGUUGGAUGAGGGGCAACCGAGGGCAGAAUUGCAUACGACUGUCAUGAAAGAUAAGGGUAGCAAGCAGUAA